CACUUCCAAAACCCCUCCUACGUCCCUGUGACAGAGCAGUGGAGCUCGAUCGCCACCAAUUUAUUUUGUCACCCUAGCUCGCUGCGGUGCUGAACGUGUGUGCUGUUGACUUCUAAGUUCUAGUUGGACCCCUGCGACAGGUCCUGUUCGUUUUGCUUAGCACUCUGGAAUGGAUUUGUGCUGGUGGCGGGGGAAAAGCGAAAUGCUUUCUGUCCUGUGUGCAAUCGCCAUUCUGCUGUUGGCAGUUUGUUCGGCCAUUCCUAUGGCAUUACCCGAGCCAAGAGUACUCACUCGUGAUGGCUUAGGCGAACAAACACCGCUGUCCCCAGCAGCCUGGCAGCAGCAGGGGCAAAACGAGGAGCUGGAGCUGGAUCGCCAUGUGAGGCAGACUAGCACCGCGGUAUGCAAGCCCCAGGUGACCGGGAUCCGGUUCGUCCAACAGGGCGCCGUGCCGGCCAUCUCGACGGAGGAGGAUGGCGCGGUUACAGUGGCAACGUUCAAGGACUCGGAACCUCGCACGGGUGUGUUGCUGGAACUGUUUGGGCUGUGUCUGGACGACGUGGACUCCAUUGUAUUCCCGCGACCGGAGAGCAAGACGUGUGCGAGCCGGUUUGGGCCCUACUACCCCGACCCUGCCCAGGACCAGAACUCGACGGUGCAGCGCACGUUUCGACUGGACCUGGUCGACGGGCGUGAACCGGACUACAACGAGGUGUAUCAUCUUUGCACUGGCUACGAAGGUGACGACGCCGUGGAUGGCUUGCUGCGCCAGGGAGAUCUUGUUAAGGUGAAGUUCUUGGUCACGUCUAGCAUUCUGCCCAUAUGGGCGUCCGCUCUGCUGGUCUGCGUAUUGCUGCUGUUUUCUGGACUCUUCAGCGGCCUCAACCUGGGACUCAUGUCGCUGAAUCCUAAUGAACUGAAGGUUAUCAUGGAAAGUGGCACCGAUGCUGAGAAGAAAUACGCAAAAGUUAUUGAACCAGUUCGUCGUCAUGGAAACUACCUCCUUUGUACCAUCCUGCUGGGCAAUGUUCUUGUGAAUGCAACGUUAACAAACCUGCUGGACUCGUUGACUGGCUCCGGAUUGGUUGCCGUGAUAGCUUCGUCCGGAGGUAUUGUCGUCCUCGGCGAGAUUGUCCCGCAGAGCUUCUGCUCGCGCUAUGGCCUGGCCGUCGGGGCCAAGACCAUAUGGCUGACGCGCUUCUUCAUGAUCGUCACUUUCCCGCUAGCCAUGCCCAUCUCUUGGAUUUUGGAUCGGUUCUUGGGAAGGGAGAUUGGUCGUGUGUUAAACCGCGAGGAGCUCAUUACGUAUUUGCAAGUGACGCGUGAUCACCAUGAUAUGGAUGAGGAUGAAAUAGAUAUGUUGGCUGGAGUGCUAAAGUUUAAGAACAAGACCAUAGAGGAUGUCAUGACUCACAAGGCUGACAUGUUCCUGCUCGCCGAUAACACCGUCUUAAACCUCGACACGCUCCGCAAGAUCCAGGGAAAGGGUCACUCGCACAUACCAAUGUACUGCCAUGGAGACGAGAACAACAUCAUGGGCGUGCUAUGUGUGAAGGAUUUGAUGUUUGUGAACCCGGAUGAGAACUUGCCUGUGUCUCACAUUGUGAACCAAUACGAACAUGUCGUUUUAAGCACUGCGCCAGACACCAAGCUGGAUGUCAUGCUGGAGCAUUUUAAGCGCGGCUUGUCACACAUGGCACUGGUCCAGGGUCCUUGCAACAAUUCUGAAAGAGACCCAUACGAUGUCACUGUCGGGAUUGUGACACUACAGGACAUUAUUGAAGAAAUCAUCAAAACAGAAUUUCCUGUUGAGACUGCUGUUGUGAGUGAUAACAUUCCCAAGGAACCGGGGCAGAGGGAACCCGGGGAGAAUGCUGAUUUGAAGCUACUUGAGGUGGAGAAGUCUGCGAGUUUCUCCGUGUUCAAGACGGUCGAGGGCAUGCUCCUACCCAAAGAACCAUCACUCUUCAGAUACAGCAACCCCAUCCACCGCCGCUCAACCUGAAAGCGGACCAGAACGUAAACCACCCACCCAUCCGCGUCUGUCGCCAGAGGAUGCUCGCCGCACCAUCCAACGGCGCCGCAACAUCCGGCAAGCCCGCUCUGUAGCUAGGUCACGGCGACGGGCAGCAGUCCGUCUCAAGCAGCGGGCCCGGGUGGUCCCUCCCCCGCCUACCACGCCUCCACCGCCACCGGUAAACCUGUCGGCCAGGUUCGACCAGUUGGGUCAAGAACCCGAACUGGUCUCCGAGGCCGAAUGGUCGGAUUAAAGGUAGAGUAUUCAUUUUGUGCAUGUGGGUGUAUGCCGAAUGUGUGCAUGUAGGUCUAUGUAUGUGCGUGUAGGUCUAUGUAUGUGCGUGUAGGUCUAUAUACAGUAAAACCUGUAACUAAAGACCACCGUGACUAGCGACCAGCCUGGUACUACCGACCACUUCACCAGGCACGGACGGUCUCAUAUUCAAAAUGCACUGUGACUAGCGACUACCUGCUGAACGCGACCAGCGACCGCCCUUUCUUGCCCCAAAGACGAUUAUUGACCCGUAACUAGCGACCGCGACGUACGAAAUCAAAUGUUGCUCGAAGCUCCUUCUUGAAAAUUUGCUGAUUUUCCACGGUCCUGAAAGGACUCUUUCGAUACUACAGCUGAACAAAUGAACACAGGUCAUUUUGACUGUGGAAUCGGUGUGGACUGCACUACACCUGUCCAAAUUUCAAGCUCUGUCAAGAAUAAACACGAUAGGAAACGUGAUCGAUGUUGCUACUCGGAGGAGAAGCGAAGACAGAGCGGCUCUGACACCCCAGUCAUACAGACGAAUCGACGAUGGCAUCAAGGAAUCCAGAAACAAAGCAGCACCGCAAGGUCCUGAUGCUGAAGGAUCGCGUUCAAGCAAUCGAGAAGUUACAACAAGGACAGUCGGUACGAUUGAUCACAUGAACAAAUUCGAAGCCCAGCGUAAAAACGAAACUUCUACAGGGAACGUUUGACUCCUGGCUCAGAAGUAGCAGCUGAAUUUGAUGUCUGCAAAAAGUAGUCUUCUCCUUCUGUCUCUCUCCGUCUCUGGUCUCUCUCUCCAAGUGUUGUUUGACCUGAAAAAGAAUGGCAAUGCGCAAGUCCUGGGGAAUCGUAAUAGCUGCAUUUUGACAUACAUAUCAUAUACGGGAUCCAUAUAUGGUCAUGCAGUGCAAACCUCUAACUAA